UUGACGGAUGAGGAGCGGGUCUACUUGAACGCGGCUUCCAUCGGUGAUGUUGGAGUUAUCCGAAUGUCACUCGAAGACGCCGACUCGUCUCCCAAUUUCAAUGUCAAUUGUGUCGACUACAUGGGUCGAAAUGCUCUUCACCUUGCUGUCGAUUCGGAGAACACGGAGGCCAUUGAAAUGCUCCUCGAUAAACUCUCCUUUGAGUGUAUUGAAGAGGCGUUACUGCAUGGAAUUUCCAAGGGUCUGGUGAAAAUUGUGCGUGUGAUUAUUGAGCACCCCAACUACAUGGCGUGUGAGGAGCGAUUGAAACGUGUGGACUCAAAGAACUCCUUCUUCCGUACCACUGAGAAGAGUCAAUUCUCACCCGACAUCACCCCGCUAAUCCUCUCCGCGCACUACAACAACCAUGAGAUGGUACAAAUGUUUCUGUCUCGUUCACACACCAUUGAAAAACCGCAUCCUAUUUCAUGUCAAUGCACGGAUUGUCAAGUGAAGCAGGACUACGACUCUCUCAAACGCUCACGAUCCCGUCUCAACGCCUACCGAGCUCUUGCCAGUCCCGCCUACAUGGCGCUCAGUUCUCCCGAUCCCAUUAUGGCCACCUUUGAACUGCGUCAAGAAAUGAUGAAGUUGGCGGAGAUCGAGAAGGAAUUCAAGCGGGAGUACCUGACUCUGGUUGAGCAGUGCAUGAAUUUUGCCUGUGAAAUGAUGGAUCUGUGUCGUGGAACCCAAGAGGUCGAAGCCGUCAUCUCGGACUUCCUUGAAGAUGGCACUAAUGUUCGUGAUCCUCUGGGGCGACUGCGAUUGGCCAUUCAAUUUGAGGAGAAAAAGUUUGUUGCUCAUCCAAACUGUCAGCAGUACCUCACAAGUAUCUGGUACGGUUCAGAGACGGCGUUUCUCCAAUCCUGGACACUGAUGCGUAAAAUUGGACUAUCAAUUCUUGCAAUGCCUCUGCUUCCACUGAUCUGUGUCCUCUACAUCCUUUUACCUUCUGCUGAAGACGCCAGUACUCCGCGACCCACUAGGAUUGGAUCUUUAACUCGAGCAAUGCGAUGUCCUGCCACCAAAUUUGCCACUCACUGCAUUUCCCACUUCCUCUUUCUCAUUCUACUCUCAGCAGCCACAUUUCGGUUAGAGGAGAACUACGACAUCCAUGAGGACUACAAUGCCGACGAACGAACCGUACGAUCGUGGUUGGAGCAAAAUUUCCGUCCAAACAAGGCCAUCAUCACUCAUGUACAGGUCUGCAUUGUCCUAUGGAUCGCAGGUCAUUUUGUUGCGGAGAUGAAGCACAUCUACUAUGCGGGAUUACGGAGUUACAUGAUGAGUGCCUACAACAUCAUCAUCUACUGCAUCCUCGCCCUGUACAUGUGCAGCUACACUCUACGAAUCAUCGUGUAUGGGUGGGUGCGGGACUCCGAUGUCUUCUUCAAUGCAACAAAUCGUAUUGAAGAGUUGAUUCAACGCAAUGAAAGUCGUUUAGUCAAACCCAUGGUGGAGGGAUGGAAAAGCUCGACUCAGAGUUCCGCCAGUUACUUCAUCGAGGCCUCUCGAUUUCGAUGGAAAGCGGAUGAUCCGGAGAUCGUCUCGGAUGUGUUAUUUGCUAUCGCAAACGUCUUCAGUUUUGCCCGCACCACCUACCUAAUGCCGGCUUUUGAGGCGUUGGGUCCACUGCAAAUCUCCUUCACUCGAAUGCUCACCGACAUUGUUCGAUUCAUGGUGCUCUACAUUCUGGUCAUAUUUGCAUUCAUGGUGGGUCUGCAUAACCUCUACUGGUACUACGGCCUUCAACUCAUUUAUCCCCCAGCAAAUGCCACAGGAAGGCCUCAGCCUGCAACGGAGGCGUUUGAGGGGUUGAGGCAUACACUCUACAGCUUAUUUUGGGCUAUGUUCAGCCAAGUCAGCAUUUCAAGGGUGCCGAUUCGACGACCAGAUACCGAGGAGCACAAGUACACGGAUGGAAUGAUCGACCCCGAUGCAAACACAGUGGUGAUCGACAGUGUUGGUAUGAUCCUCUUCGCUGUCUACCACGGGAUCAUCAUAAUCGUCCUUGUCAACAUGUUAAUUGCCAUGAUGAGUCACUCAUUCGAGAGCAUACAGGAGGACUGUGAUGUGGAGUGGAAAUUUGCCCGAACGAAACUUUGGCUCAACUACAUUGACAAUGGCUCCACAUUGCCUGCACCAUUCAACAUUCUUCCCACCGCACACAGUUUGGCUCAAGGCAUCAACUUCCUCAAGCGAAUCUUUAAAAAUGACACUGUAGUUGUCACUGGAUUCGUUCGAAGUACUCACUUCAUUAAGACAAAGCGGGAGAAGGUUUGCAAAAACCGAGACCUUGAAGUCCACGAAACCUCGUACGCGGAUAUUAUGCAACGGUUGGUGAGGCGAUAUCUCUUCAAGAGAGAACGAGCCAAGGAUACCGAAGGUGAAAAGCCUAAGGAGAGCAUGUACCUUCGUGCCGACGAUCUGACAGCUGCAGAUAUGUAUGCUGCUGGUGACCGUGCCAUGGAUUUUGCUGAUGCUGAAGACGAUAUCCCACCAGUGGGUAUGUCCCAGUCCCGAAGUACGCCAGCCGGUAACCUCUGUGACAGUCUAUCACCUGGGGGUGGCACAACAGGUCCGUCUACACGAAGAGGUCGACGCAGCGGCACCAAACGCUGCUCCAUUGUCGGAGGAGCGGGAAUUCCUUUCGGUUUUAUGGCACCAUUUAACAUUCAAUUACCCCAAUUGGAUGGCAUCCAACGCUCUCAAAAAGUCCUCGAUAUGCGCCUUCAGAAUCUCCAGAGUCAGUCGGAACAGCUGAAUAGCGCUGCAGGCAACGCAAGGAUCAAGGAGGAGGUGAUUCACGUCCGAUCACUCAUCACAGAAAGCCAGAGAGCUCUCUCCUCCAUCAUUAAGGCUGUCUCACAACUCCAAGAACAGGUGGUUCUGCUGAAUGAGAACAUGGAACAGUGGAUCAAAGCUCAAAUAGGGGAACCCAACAAAAGAACUAUUUUGCUGGAGGAGCGACGUCCAGCUGGCAGCUCAAAAAUGCGUGAACGCCAUCGCUCACGCCGUUUGACUCAACGCUCUUCAGCCGAGCGCGACAACAGCCUCAAUCCCUACGUCUAA